AUGCGGCACAUGCUGCUGCUGCUGCUAGCCCUGCUGAACCUUGGAAGGCAGCUCAGCCCAUGCUGGGGCUGUCAGCUGCCCUCAGACUGGAGACCCUUGAGUGAAAGCUGCAGGGCUGAGCUGGCAGAGAUCAUAGUGUACGCCAAGGUGCUGGCACUCCACCAGGAGAUGUACAGCAUGUAUAAUUACCUGCCUUGGCAAUAUGAAGCCAGCGAGGGGGGGCUCUUUUACUCGGCUGAGAUAGAGAUGCUGUGUGACCAGGCUUGGGGAAGCAUGCUGGAAGUCCCUGCAGGCUCCAGGCUUAACCUCACUGGACUGGGCUACUUCUCCUGUCACUCCCACACAGUCAUGCAGGAUUACUCUUACUUCUUCUUUCUCAGAAUGGAUGAGAAUUAUAACCUCCUUCCUCACGGAGUAAAUUUCCAGGAUGCAAUAUUUCCAGACACACAAGAGAACAGAAGGAUGUUUUCCAGUCUCUUCCAGUUUUCCAAUUGCUCUCAGGCGCAACAUGUCAUAACUUUCUCCAGUGACUGGGAGAUUCAAGAGGACAACAGGCUCAUGUGUUCUUCGGUCCAGAAAGCCCUAUUUGAGGAAGAGGAUCAAGUGAAGAAACUGCAGCAGAAGGUGGCAACCUUGGAGAAUCGCAACAAGCAGCUCCGAGACCGGGUGAAGAAAGUCAAGAGGUCCCUCCGGCAAGCCAGAAAGAACAACAGGCACAUGGAGCAGAUAAACCGAAAGCUCAGUGAGAAGCUCUCCUCUGCAGGAGGCCAAAUCCCACAUAUUAACUCUUUAAAGCAAGAGAACUCUCAUGCUACCUACCUUAAAGUAUAA